AUGCUAAGAAAAAUGUCCCCGGCGCUCAAGUUUUAUGACAUCGGCGUGAAUCUAACUGAUCCCAUGUACCAGGGUAUCUACAAUGGCAAAAAAUAUCAUGAAUCUGAUAUCAAAAAUGUCCUCCAUAGAGCAAAAUUAUCAAGAGUUCAGAACCUACUGCUGACUGGAUCAUCAAUUCAAGAAUCUCGAAGCGCUGUCCAGCUGGCACGUCAAUAUCGCAAUGAAGACACAAAACUACUUUACACACUUGGGGUUCAUCCUUGCUGUGUAAACGAGUUCAUCUUGAAAGAUUCUCAAUCUACCAUCGACAACCCAACGGAUGAUAUCGAGUUUAAUGAAAAAUUGGACGUCACUGAUAUCAACUUUAGCAAGUCCAAGCUCCGAGAACUUUACGAACUUAUUGCUGAGAAUAGCCUGGAUACUCAAUUCCGCGCCAUCGGCGAAAUCGGUCUUGACUACGAUCGAUUUUAUUAUUCAUCUAAAAAGAUGCAGUUGCUGUUCUUUGAAGAACAGCUCAAGAUAAGCUGUUUCUUUCCUCAUCUACCUUUAUUUUUGCAUAUGAGAAACUGCUCUGCCGAUUUUGUUGCUGUGCUUAAAAAGUUCAUUCACGGCUUUGUGGAUACAUCUGACCGGUUUGAUCUCAGAACAAUCGCAAACAGUGCAAAUCAAAACCAGUCUUACUUGCCAUCCGCAAAAGAUGACGGUAUGCAUUACAAGUUCUCUCCUAAUCGCAAGUUCGUGACACACUCUUUUACCGGAAGCGUUCAAGAUAUGCAGGAUGUUUUAGCCCUGUCCAAAAACUCUUACAUUGGUAUGAAUGGUUGCUCCUUCAAAACUCCAGAAAACAUUGAAUGCUUGAGGGAGGUGCCUCUCGAUCGUCUUCUGCUGGAAACAGACGCACCUUGGUGCGAUAUUCGGAGAACGCACGAAUCCUACAAAUACCUAUUCACCAAUGACACAGUUAGCUCAGAAAAGGAUGAUCCUUGGAAUUUUGGACUCUCUCAAGCAUAUCCCGAUAUCCAGGAUUGGUACAAAUCUGUUAAACGUGAUAAACUAGAUAAAAAAUCGGUCCAAGAACGUGAAAUAACUACUGUCAAGUCCAGAAACGAACCUUGUUUUAUGGGUCAUGUUGCAACUGUCGUUGCAAGCGUCAAAAAUCUUCCGAUUGAAAUUGUAGCGUAUAGAGUUUGGAAUGUGACGUGCGAAGUUUACGGGCAAUGA